CCGCCGCUCACACAGCCAGCGGGCUCCGUGGCUCUUAACACCGCGGGGAACCAGCAGCUCCGUGGACGCGGACGUGGAAUUUUCCCCGCACCGAGGAAACCGUCCUGAAACCGAAGCUCCUGUGGGGGAAUUUUGUUCUCUUUUAUUUUUUAUUUUUUUCCCAACAAGGCCACAGGAAAUCGUGAUGUUUAACGGAUGCCCCCUUCAGAGGUUGUUGGAGUCCUCGCAAUCAUAGACCUGACAUCAAGCAAACGGUGUUCAUCAUGGCAACAAGCUACCUUCAGCCUGUCCUUCUUGAGCCCUCCUGUGGAGGAUGCAGUAACUGAGGGAGGGGUAGUGAGUCUGAGGAAAGCCUCCACCUGCAGAUGGAAAUCAUUCAAACCAUGUAGUGUUCCUUUCUCCAAAGAGGGGGGAGGGCGUAAGCUGGAUUGUGAUUGCUUUGCUUUUUUUUUUUUUUUUUUUUUACUCGUUUUUGUUCAUGUAAUUACUGAGACAGAUUUGUUGCUCGGUUGCUGAGUGUAUGUGGGUGUGGAGAAGUGAGGAGAAAGUGAAAGAGAGGACAAAAGAAGAGUGAACGAACAGAGAUAGAAGGGAAGAGAUGGUCCUCCACACCACCCCUUACUCCAGUGCCUGUUUGCACUUCCUGGAUGGGCUGUCAUGGAGUCUGGUGUUCCCCUGCUACUGGCUCCUGGACCGGCUCCUGGCCUCCUGCGUGGCCACUUCCCUGGAGAAGCGCCAGCGGUCCCAAGACCCCUGCUCCUUCCUCACCCUUUGUGUCCUGAUUGCUGCACCGCUUUAUCUGCUGCUCCUGCUCGCAUCCCUGCCGUUUGCUCUGCUGGGCUUUGUCAUUUGGGCCCCCCUGCAGGCUGUCCGCCAGCCAUACCUGUACACAUAUCAAAGACCAGACAAGAACCAGGCAGAGCAAGGUCAAGCAGGCGGCGCUGGAACAGGAGAAUGGAGGCCACAAGGCAGAAGCUUCUGUUUCUGCAGCGCCAAUGUUUGUCUCCUCCCAGACUCCCUGGCCCGGUUCAAUAACUUAUCAAACACCCAGAGAAGAGCACGCGAGCUGGGCAAGAGAAUCCGCAACGGCGCGAGUCGACCCCAGAUUAAAAUAUACAUCGACUCGCCAACCAACACAUCCAUCAGUGCGGCGUCCUUCAGCAGUCUUGCCACUGGUUUCCGCCGCACGUCCUCUCUAGACCAGCGUCCAGAACCAGUCCACACCACCAAUGGCCCAGCUGAAACUGAAAUAGAGCCAGUCACAGAGUGCCCUGUUCACCCCACGGAUACCACCGACUGCCCUGUUCACCCACCUUCGGAAGACCAGAGUUUUACCAAUUGCCCCGUUCACCAUGAUGGAUCAGACAACACGGCAGAUUGCCCCCUCCAUCUGGCUGGAACAACCAACAGCUCAGACUGUCCCGUCCACCCCUCGAGCGACGCCACUGACUGCCCAGUGCAUUCAACAGAAGGUCAGAAUGACUCUGGCCAUCAUGACUGCCCCAUGCACGGGGAGGUAACACAGAAAGAUCCCUCCACAGAGUGUCCGCUUCACACCUCAGGGGUUCAGAUCAGCAUCAGUGCCCCAGAACCGGACCCCCAGGAGGAGGAGGCCGAGACUGGAAACCAUCGAGAUCUGGCAGGAGUCGACACGGGCAGCAUGACUGCCUCCCGCGAAUCCCUCACGCGCUACCACGGAGGCGACACAGCAGUAGGGAUAUCCUCCAACAACACCCUCUCUCACGUACCGCGCACAUCCAUCUUCAAGAGACCUGGAAGGAAGCGUCGGCACGGAGACGAAACGUUCGACCAUGAGAUCUCUGCCUUUUUCCCUGCCAACUUGGAUUUUCUAGCUCUGCAGGAAGUUUUUGACCACGGAGCAACAGCGAGACUUCGACGUCAGCUUCAUCGCUACUUCCCCUACGUGCUGAGCGACGUCGGUCGCUACGGAUGGAAAGGCUGCUGUUCCAGGUUUAAGUUUUUGAACAGUGGCCUGCUGCUAGCCAGUCGCUACCCCAUCCUGGAUGCUCGGUAUGAGUGUUACCCCAACGGGAGAGGAGAGGACGCACUGGCAGCCAAGGGGGCGCUGUUUGCUAAGGUUCACGUGGGCACCUCCCAUCAGGAGCAGAGGGUGGUGGGAUACCUCACCUGCACGCACCUCCACGCCAUAGAAGGUGACUCGUCGGUCCGCUGCGAACAGCUGGACCUCCUCCUCCAGUGGGGGGCCGAGUUUCGCCAAUCCUCGCCCCAGGCCCCUGAAGGAGAGAAGGUGCUGGAGGACCUGGUGGCCUUCGACGUCAUCUUGGGAGACCUCAACUUUGACAACUGCUCUUCAGAAGACAAACUGGAGCAGCAGCACACACUUUUUUCUCAGUACAAGGACCCAUGUCGCCUGGGGCCGGGGGAGGACAAACCGUGGGCUCUGGGCACUCUGCUGGAUCCCAGUGGCCUUUAUGACGACGACGUCAGUUCACCCGAAAGUUUACAAAAAGUGAUGGAGAACGAAGAGGGGAGGAAGGAAUACCUGGUGUUCCCUCCCAGUAAGAACCAGUGUCCUGCCAGCAGUCAGAAGGGCCGGAAAAUCCCACUGAAGGGCAAUGGACGCCGGAUUGACUACAUCCUCUACAGCGAUGAAGGCAUUCAGCAGGACUGGAAACUGGACAUCGAAGAGUUCAGCUUCAUCACUCAGCUGGCCGGCCUCACCGACCACCUUUCCGUGGCCAUGCGACUGGCUGUUUCCACCGGGGAAGAGGAGCCUUAGAUCCACCGCCUGAUAUUUAUAUUCUUUACACUUUACUGCCAUGGAGGAACAAUCAGGAAGAAACUCGGGAAGUUCCGAGUUUACAUACGCAGAGCAGAGCAGCAUGAGGGAAGGUUGAAGGGGCGGCGAGUGGAUGAGUAAAUCUGCGGAAGAACGCUCAGGACAUUUACAAAGAAGGACGAGAGAGAAAAUUCAAAGGAGAGAAACAAGCUGGGGGGAAUUCAUAUUAGGAAGUCAGAAAUUUUUUUUUUAUCUUCCUGGGUAAAUUACCCACAGAUUCACACUGAACACUGCGACUUUGAGACUGUUGGUUUUUCCUCCGACCCUCCCCGCUGAACUAAAGCCCGGAGGGUUUUGUUUCGAGUGAAGUGUUUCAUGUAGCCAAUGCACACACUCAUUUUAUCGGAUCUGUUUUAGGACGUAGUUUCCAGUAUAGCUGUUUUUAUUUUUAUGCCUCUACCUUCAGGAACAGCUUGGAUGCUCAUUGUUGAGAGUGCGACAGAACGUGAAACUGAAGUGAAGCUGCUGACCGGCCUUUACGACGACCAUCUGUGACCUUGUGUUGUGCUCCUUCCCUAAACGUUACCGGUCGGUUUCGCUGUCAGUCGUUCACCGCGCUGACCCCCCCUCACGUCAUUCCCAAAACCUCAACAAGUGUCUUUUUUUCUUACAAACAAAUCUUACUAAAAUGAGAAGAAUAAAAAACAAGAGUUUCUAUUAUAGAUGCUCCACUUUUUAUAAAACUUAUAAUGCCUGUUUAAUAUGAAAUUAAAUGUUUCUAAGGGAAGGAAGAGGUUGGAUGCAAUGUAAUGCAUUUAGCAUGUUUUUUCAGAUAUUAUCAGUAUGAGCAUUUUGUAGAUAAAGCUCCAGUGAUGCAUGAAGGUAAAACGGUUUACCGCACUGUUACAGCAGCCCGAUUCACGCUGACUUGAGAUUGGAUGCCUCAGUGAGCAUUUACCCUGAAACACGCACUCGGAUUUAUUUUUUGUGCAUGUGCAAGACACAGAAAGGUGUGCACAGGAGCAGGAGGAUUUAAACAACAAAAGCACGCAGCUACACUUUGCGUAAAGGAGAACAGAUUGUAGGAAUAAUAAUCAUUGUCAUCGUCUUCAUCAUGUGACUGUCCCAAAUAGAUAAUGUCAGGGUGUGUAGUUUUAAACCUGUGGCGCUACAACACUUUGAAAAUGAAUCGCCUUCUCCCAGACAGAAUCUGUUAACUAUUUGUCUCUUAAGUUUGUCAGUUCAUUGACCAACAAAGUAGUAAACACACAAAACAAUUUUCAAAUGAUGAUUUUAUUCAUAAGGAAUAAUGCUAUUCCAAACACCCUGCAUCUAAGAAAGCAAUAUUAUCUCCAAAUGCUAAUAACUGGUUGUGACUCCCUGGCUGGCAAUAAUCGUCUUCAAGCUUUGGAGGGAAGUGAAAAAAGUCCCUUCAAUCAAUGUGGAGGAGUUUGGGUCCACUCUGCUUUACAGAAUCAGUUUGAUUCAGCAACAUUAGGGUCAUCUGUCAGAUUCUCAAUCAGAUUAAAGUCCAGACUUUGACUUUUUAGUGAGACAUCCUGGGGUUGAAUUACUGGGAGGGCAGAAAAAAAAAAAAAAAAAACACUGCACUGUGAGGGGAAAAGUUGUAAGCAGUGCAUACACAGGCAUGAUUGAUAGCAUUAAGAUCCUCCUUCUUGCUCUGAUUGGUUGGUUGUGACCUGGCGCGGUCCGUUUCUGGAAAUGGCGGUAGCAUCAUUGGGAGAAAGAAGAGGAGUUUGAUUUUUGAUUUUUUUUUUUUUCCCAACAGAUUAUUGCUGUCAGAUUCUCCUGUCCGGCCGUAGCGACAGUUUUAACAAAUAUCUAAAAAGUAUAUAUUUUUACAGAAGUUACCCACUGCAGCUGUGAUUAAAUCAGGUUGUCUUUGUCUGAUUUCAACUUUUGCCUGAUGACUCAGUGUGCCAAAUAAAGCAAAACUAGAGGAAACCUGAGAGAGCAAACACUUUUUGCAGCGUUGUAUGUUUUGAUCAUUUGUUAUGAACCCACCUUGUUGGAACAAUCAAAUUGCCAUCACGUCACAUAAAUUCAAAGCUUUUUAUGAAAUACAAUGGAUAUUCAAUACUGACAUUUAGAAAGCUGCAAUGAAACCCAUUACGUAAAUACAAACUCAAAAGUCUGUAUUUUGAGCAGACUCAUAUUUUCUUUCCUGUUUGUAAUCGUUUUAACUUUGAGCAAAUAUUUCAAAGGAGGAAGUAUGUCCAGCAUUUUGAACUGAUUAAAAGGAAAAACACAAUUCAGUCAGAUUAGUUGGCCUCUUUUUCUUGAUUUGUUGUCAACCAAAUUCCAAGUUACUUAGAGACUGUUAAUUAGAGUUAAACUUACAUAAUAGAUAUAAAUAUUGGUAUUUCGUACCAAAUUCUGCAAACCAGGCAUAACUGUGUGAAACUGUGAGCACCAUAUGGCCGCAAAGUGCUUUUGAUAUGAUGUUUUCUAGGUGUUGAAUAUUCAUCAGCUGGUGUUAGUGGUAAUUUGGGGGUAAGCUGGUUAACACCUCAUAUUUUGUGUUUACUAUCAGCAUAAAUCUCCUCCCCUUUUUCUUUUGCACCAGAAGAUGCAUCAUCUGAUUGUUUCACAAGUUCUCAGGUUUCUCUAUUAAAAUGAUAAAGUAUAGUCGCUGUGACAGAGCCAUUGGGUGUCGUAACCUAACCCGUCUCUCCCUCCUUCAGCAGCUCAACAAGACACUGAUCAACUCUUCUGCUGUAGGAGAAGUCAUUCACUCAGGUUCACCACAGUGAAAACGCACAGAAGGUGCGUUAAAUUAGAGCGCUGCAGGAAAAUGCGUUCUGGGAGGAACAUUUCCCAAGUCUGACAGACAAAACAUGCCUUUUGGUGGUUUCGUUACACGGAAAGGUUGGACCAUUUUGAGAGGACAGUUUGAGUCUGAGUUGUGAGUCAUUCAGGCAUAAAACGGUUCAUCUCAAGGGAUUAACCAGUGUUUUUGUUUUUGUUUGUUUGUUUGUUUGUUUUUGACAUACAGCAGAGAGCUUUUAACUUAGAAAAUACAUUUUAAUGACAGAUUCAUUAUUCAGCAGAAGAGAGUUGUAUCUGAUCGUUCAGGACAGAUUCUGACGACACGGCUUCGUGGAAGUAAAUCUGGACUGACUUCCAGUGUUUUACAUGGUGAAUAAUGUUUACAGACAUUUUUAACCAUCUGUUUCAAAGUCACGUCAGGGGAGUUCGCACACAGUAAAUUAUUAGAAACUAUUAAACCGUAAACAAGCUGCAGAAACACGAGCUACUGACCGUAGCAGUGAGACGGUGAAUGACACUAUGAGUCAGAAAAAUACCAGGUUUUGUGUCUGUGUUCAUUUCUGUUUUACAAUUUGAGACCAGAGAUCACCUGGCAGCCCGGUCACGCUCCUUAUGACUCACAUAUUGUAAUUACUAUGACAAUUACUCUUAUUUUUAUGCAAAAUUUCUUGUUUUUAAUUUUUUAAUUCACCGCUUGUGUGAUUGAUUUUCAAAGAAAUUUUGCUCCGAUUCCAGAAUUAUUUUCUCUUCUUUUCCUUAGACGCGCCGACAUUAUAAGCAAAAGUACACCUCUUUUCAGGUCGAGGGUUUAAAACAUCAAGAUCCUGCUACAUACGGAUCUGAAGUCAAUUAGGAGCUUUUUGCUGCCGCAGCAAAAAGUGUGUGCUCUCAUUUCAUUGAACUUUGGAUUAAUCUGUUUAUUAACCGACUGUGUGGAAUUUGUCCACUUUAAGUUAGAAUUAAACAAAUUAAGCUUUGCAAAGACCAGCUCUGAUUUAUUAUUUUUGAACAAAGAAGAGUUUCUACUUUCAUUUUUAUGAAGACUCUGUGAAUCAAAAACUCCCACAUUGUGACUCUACUGGUAAAUAAGAUGCUGGCUGGCUCCAUUCAAGUCUUUAAAUUUAUAUUCACAGCUUUUUGCUAUUUCUGCUUUUUAUCGUGACAAACCCAAAUUACCACAAUGUAAAAUAUCAGUUUCAGAACACAAUCUAUAUUGUUAACCUUUUGUUCUUCAAUUUGUUUCCAUGAUUGUUUCCAUGUUUUUGAAUCAGUUUAAAAACUGAUUUUCUGCAACACAGACAGUGUGGUGGGACCGUGAUGUUCAGCAAGACAAAGUGUUGAAUUGUAUGUGGAAGGAAGAAGAUCAAAAAUGUAAAAUUUGUUGGUGGAGAAUGAGGAAAAUGAAGUGAUAUUUUAUGAGAAACGUUUUAUUUCCCACUAUUGGCAAAUUAAAUACUAUGAGUAUGGUUCUGUUUCUGUUUGUCUGAGCGGUUUUCUUCUAUGCUGGAAGCAAAACACAGUUUUCUGCAAAUCCACAUCUCCACCCGCAGUUCAUGUCACACAAACUCAAACGACAUUAACGCGAGGGCAUCCGCCUUCCACCUGCUCAGCUGCAUUUUUUAUUUUCGGUGGGAAAAAGUUGCUUGAAAAUGUGAAGCAAUGUAAGAACGUGAACGAUGAAACAAAAGUAGAGAAAACAGAAACAAAACAGAUAGCCUGGAGGUCCACAUUUGGAUUUAAUUUCACGUCGAGCAAGGAGUCAUCAAUUUCAUUUUUUCAAUUCAGGCUUUUGUGAUGUCAUAGCUGUAGGUCUACAGAAAUGUAAUUUCCCAGUUAAAGAUACAAAACAAGAUAAUAAUUUAAAAUUACAGAUUAAAAGCAUUCAUUGUAAGAUGAAUCCCUUAUUUUUUGAGGUUGAACUUUCACAACAUUGAAAGUAACAGACAACCAGCCAAAACAAUGUAAUAAUUCACAAUAACUCCUCUUUAUGCUCAAAUGUAUACAUGAUUUAAAGAUAUUUUAAAGAACAAUAAUCUUAGGGUGGAUAUGGAAUUGAACAUAUAAAGAAUUAUGGCACCUUUAUCCAUGAAUAGUAGAGCAUAAGAACUAGGAAAGAAAACAUUACCUGUCAUAUAAUGGUUGUCGAUCAGGGAUGGAUUUGUGAGUCACCAAAUUCACAAUUAUAGUUUAUCAUUUUAAUGAUAGCUUUUAAUCACUUCUGCAGGCCUGUAUGUACAACCGUUUUUUUUUUUUUUUUUUAUAUUUUUCCCAAACCAGGUCUGUUAUCAGAAUUUUAGCUUAAACAUUUAAUUUACAAUUAAAUUACGCCGCUAAAGAAAGGAGUGAAACUCUGCAAUUCAACCUCACUGAUUCACAUCACAUCACAAAUAACCCCUGUCCUGUUGAUACUGUUGCUCACGACAAUCAAGCAACUGGAAUUAGCCAUCCGUAAUCCCUGCGUAAUUCAUCAAAAGCCGCGCUGGGGCAGGAAUAUCAAAAUGUCCAAUGUAUGCUGGUGAACGAAGGCUGCUUGAGUUAAAGAUUUAGAUGUAUGCUCAACAUUACAACAAUGAUUUAUUAACGUUUCAUGUGCACAAACAUGUGGAUGUGGUCCUGACAGCAUUCUGAGGAAACUGGGAUUUUUAUUAAAAUGUUUCCUUUUUCUAAGUCAAAGUAGGACAAAGUUGCUGGAGAAGUUCAGCUCCAGGCUUGCAUAGCUGCAUGUACUGUAAUAAUGCUUCAGGCUAGUAGUCUCAGUAGAAUUGAUGCCUCACUUUGCUAUCUUUUUCUGGUUUGACUUUUCUAUAAUUUCCUGUUUUUUAUUUAUUCUUGUCUUUUGUUGGGGAUUGUUCAUCUUUGAGAUUGUCUAACUUGGUCUCUGUAACAUGACGGAGGGUUCCGUUGGUUUUCUCUUUCUAAUCUUCAUCAAACUGCUUAUUUUCUGCUUUUCUAAGAUAAAAAAAAAAAGCAAACAAACUUUCCCUUUA